AUCACCGCACCUUCACCCUCCCUCCGUCUGUCCAUCUCCUCCCUCUGCGCUUUUUACGCACAAGACAGGAUGAGAGCGCGCACACACCGCUGCCGAAGACAAGAGCAGAAACAAUAGACAGCAGUGUGGGUCAGCGUCAUGCUUUUUGGAUGUUGGUCGUAGGCAACACGAGAGUCGGACUGUGAGCUCCAGACAGGUGAACCAUCCGUGAACGCGUCUCUCCAUUCGCUAGUCCAAACUUUCCGCUACGUAUUUUUAAUGUUGCCAACCGAGAUUUCAGGAGGAGUGUGUUUCAGCUCGAGCGAUCACACUGAGGGGAGGAGUGAAGGGAUGAAAACAGAGGAGAGUCAACAGUCCUGUCUGCAGCAGCCUCCAUCCUCAACGCCCUUUGGUCCAGAGUACCAGCGCAGAGGAGAGGUGUGUGCGGGCUGUGAGUCUCCCAUCGCUGACCGUUUCCUGCUGCGCAUCAAUGAGCGCUCCUGGCACGAGACCUGCGUCAAGUGCGCGGUGUGUUUGAGUUCGCUCACCGGAACCUGUUACUGCAGGGACAGACUGCUGUACUGCAAACACGACUACGAGAAGCUCUUUGUGCGGAAGUGCAGUGCCUGUCUGCAGGGGAUCGGACGUUCGGAGUUGAUCAUGCGCGUGUUGGGCCAGGUGUACCACCUGGGCUGCUUUAGCUGCUGUGAGUGUGAACGCCGGCUGCAGAGAGGUGAUGAGUUUGUGCUGAAAGAGGGCCAGCUGCUCUGUCGCAUGGACUAUGAGAAGGAGAGAGAAAUGUUGGCUGCGAUCAGCCCUACACCGACAGAGUCAGUGAAAAGUGAGGACGAGGAUGGCGGAGGUGGCUCUGGUGGAGGAAAAGGGUGCGAUGAAGGCAAAGAACAUAAGCGUUCCAAGCGACCACGCACCAUCUUGACCACGCAGCAGCGUCGAGCUUUCAAGGCCUCCUUUGAAGUUUCUGCUAAACCUUGCCGCAAGGUAAGAGAGACACUGGCUGCUGAAACUGGACUGACCGUACGUGUUGUACAAGUGUGGUUUCAAAACCAAAGAGCAAAAAUGAAGAAGAUUGCUCGCCGACAGCAGCAACAGCAGCAGCAACAACAGCAGGAGCAAGAGCAGCUGGGAGGAGCCAGGAGAGGACAGAGUAGAGGGGGUCGUCAGAGCAAUGACGACAGUGAGGAUGGAUCCAGUACUCAUGCCAUGGAUGGAAUACUGGGAUAUCCCACUCUGCCACGUCAACAACUGCUGGCCCUGGACCCUAAUAUCUAUGGAGGAGAGCCAUUUAGACAUGGACUUACACCACCUCAACUAAGCAGUGAACAGAUUCAUUCCUAUGACUCAGAGACAGUUUUCCACGACCUCGACAGCGACGGUAGCCUCAGUCACCUUGGCGACUGCCUCCUAGCGGCAGGAGAUGGGGGUCUACUUGCAGGGCGAGUGGGAAACCCCAUUGACCGUCUCUACUCAAUGCAGAACUCCUACUUCACCUCCUGACACUUAUAAACUCUCACCCAUUCCACCCGAUCCACCUUUCACCUCAGAGAUGCAGCUAAUGGAGCCAGUCCAUCAACAUGCCUGUGGGACCACUCUAUAGGGAACAGCUCUCACACAAACUAGUUGCUCAGCUCAUCUCCUACCGUUGUUUCUAGACAACAAUCACAUGCUGGAAUAACAGACACUGCACAUGUCCAAGAUAUGUUUAGGAUCUUGAUUUCCCUUGUGGUAUUUAUGUGACGUUUAAGGAAACUCAUUUCACGGCACCUCCAACGAAACAUAAAUCACCAUGAACGUGGGCUGUUGAUGUUCACUUCAGCAACUUCAAACUAUUUAGGAGUCUUUGCAGGUCUAAAGAGCAGCUAAGGUAAUACAUUUGAUUUGCAUGUUGUAAUAUUUCAUUUUAACUAGGCUUGUGACUAAUAAUUAAUUAGUGGCUUACAAAUAUGCUCACAGGAUAGUGUGCAUGUUUGUUUAGCCUGAGUGAAGAUUCAGGAUUCUGGAUAGGACUUAAACCAAACUUUUAUUUAAAAUGCUAGGUUGUAAUGAGGAAAAACACCAUGAUGUAAAAACUACAAAUUAUUUUGAGAGCUUAAUGUGGAAACAGGGUCGAAUAAUUUAUUAUUGUUGAUUUCACUUGCCCCAUUUUUUUUUAUUGUGUAAUCACUAAGACGCAGAGCAGCAAAUAACCAAUAGAUCGUAUGAUUCCCUAAUGUAAGGAGACCGGGAACAUGAUGUAUUCCAAAUGUAAAUGUCUAACGGUAUUAGAGUUAAUUGUUGUAGUCACUUCUGUAACAAUUACCUUCCCGAAACACUGCAAAUUAGAUGUGGUUAGGUAUAUUUAGAUAUUUUGUACAUUUUUCUGUGCUAAGCAGCAAGUAUUUAAGCAGUAGCAUGAUACAUAUGUCAGAAAAUAGUUGUAAGGAAAUAGUGUCAAACUCGAGGCCAAGAAAGCAGUAGUGGGACUCACAAAAAACCUCACAAUACAGUAAAGGAGAGGAGAGUCAAACUAACUUCAUUCCGAUGCCUCUGAUUGACUACAGCUUUUGGCAUAACUUAGUGACAUUGUUUGACUCUGGCCACAGACUCAUGCUGCUUUUAUAGUCAUAUUUCUGUGAAUGUAACUUAUUUGUGUGGUAUUAGGCGAGUUCCUGUUUUAUUUUAACAUUCAGUGACUGCCGGGUGAUGUGUUUUGAAUGUAAUGUUGCUGUAUCUUCAAUACAAUCUGCAGUUUCAUCUUGACUUGAGAGUUUAUUUUAUGGUACAUGACGAAUCCCCAAUUCAUGUGAAACAAAUGAAUGUUUCCCAUCUCCAUGCUUUAAUAAUUUACCCAGAUGAAAAAAACCUGUUCUGCUUCGUGGUCACAGAGCGUUUGACUCAACAUCCUCCCCCUGUUUCUUGCAGUGAAGCUGCUGAUUACAGGUCGACAGUCUACUCCUCCUUUUUCCAUUUUACCCAGACUCCCUUUUUUCAGUUAUUGAAUCGGCUGAAGCGUUUGUGUAGGAGUGUCAACAUUCCAGCUUAAUUUUUGACUCAGCCCAGGAGAACAUGAAACGGAGAACAGAGGCAACCUCAAAACAAGAGAGGACCAUGCCAUAUGAGUCAAGUGUGAUGUACAUUUUAAUUCAACUGGAUAAAAAAAAAAGGUAAAAUUUAAAAGAAAGAAAGAAAGUGAUGUCACGUUAAGACGGGUCAACUGUUGAUUUCACAUUGAUCAUACAUUUUUGCAGAAGUAAAAGGAUAAGGUAUAUAUUAUGUAUUCUGUCGGGUCGCUGAGAAUAACAUUGCUGCAGCGUAGAUCUAGUCGUCCAGUCGUCGCUGUGUGUU